AUGUCGACCGGUACCCACCUUCCACGCGACGACGCUUCCCCGGGCACACGCCGCGACAUACGCAGAGGCAUUGUCGCGACGCCGGUGGAAGCGCUGGACAUUGCACAGGUGACAACCUCAACCUCUCAACAUCGCCAUGCAUCGUCAUCCUUGGCCGGGCAAGAAGCCGGCUACUCGAAAUCGAACCCCUCACGGAUAAAUUUCAAUGCCAACAUUGAGGCCAAAAUCAAGAACCCCCUCGUCGGUGUCCCGCGCCAUACCCUCCUCGGCGAUGUCGACGAAUUCUGCCGCGCCAAGGGCCUCGACGAGCACCGCGCCCUCCUCCGCAAGGGCGCGCUCGUCGCCCAGGAUCCCACAGGCUACGAAGACAUUACCGGCGACGAGGCCCUGACGCAGGCUGAGGUCGACGCCCUGCGCAACGAGGUCCUGCACAAGUGGCGCGUGCCCCGCGUCCUCUUUCUCACCAUUGUCACCUGCUCUAUCGGCGCCGCCGUCCAGGGCUGGGACCAGACGGGCUCCAACGGGGCUAACCUGCACCUGCCCAUCGCCCUGGGCAUCGGUGGCGCCUCGACGGCCGACCAGCUGCGCGUCGGCCUCGUCAACUCGGCCCCCUACAUCGGCACCGCUCUGCUCGGCUGCUGGCUCUCGGACCCCAUCAACGACUGGAUCGGCCGCCGUGGCACAAUCUUCUUCGCUGCCAACUUUUGCCUUUGGCCCGUCCUCGCCAGCGCCUUUUGUCGCACCUGGGAGCAGCUCGUUGUUUGCCGCCUGCUGCUGGGCAUCGGCAUGGGCACAAAAGCCUCCACCGUUCCCAUCUUUGCCGCCGAGAACUCGCCCGCCUCGAUCCGCGGUGCCCUCGUCAUGAGCUGGCAAGUCUGGACCGCCUUUGGCAUCUUCCUCGGCACCUGCGCCAACCUCAUCGGCGAGCGCAUCGGCCGCGAUGCCUGGCGCUACCAGCUUGGCGCCGCCUUCAUCCCUGCCGUCCCCCUCGCCGUGCUGAUCUACAUGUGUCCCGAGUCGCCUCGCUGGUACAUUAAAAAGAACCGCUACGCCGACGCCCUGCAGUCGCUGCUGCGUCUGCGCAACGACCCCGUCCAGGCCGCCCGCGACCUCUACUACAUCCAUGUCCAGCUACAAGUUGAGCGCGACUUUGUCGGCAACACUCACUACGUUAAGCGCUUUAUUGAACUCUUUACCCUUCCUCGCGUGCGGCGCGCCACCCUUGCCGCGUUCACGGUGAUGCUGGCGCAGCAAAUGUGCGGCAUUAACAUCAUCGCCUUUUACUCCUCGUCGGUAUUCCAGCACGCCGGUGCCUCCAACUUCCAGGCCCUGCUCGCGACAUGGGGCUUUGGUCUCAUUAACUUUUUAUUCGCUUUUCCUGCCAUUUGGACUAUUGACACUUUUGGCCGGCGCUCGCUGCUGCUCUUUACCUUUCCGCAAAUGUCGUGGACGCUCCUCGCCGCCGGCCUGUGCAACCUCAUCCCGGGUCACAAGGGUGCGCACCUUGGCCUCGUUGCCCUCUUUGUCUACCUCUUUGCUGCCUUUUACUCCCCGGGGGAAGGUCCGGUGCCCUACACCUACUCUGCCGAGGUCUUUCCGCUGUCGCAUCGCGAGGUCGGCAUGGCCUUUGCCGUGGCAACGUGCCUCUUCUGGGCUGCCGUGCUGUCCAUAACGCUGCCCGUGAUGCUGGCGUCGAUGGGCGUCAUGGGCGUCUUUGGCUUUUACGCAGGACUCAACAUUGUCGCGCUCGUCAUGAUCUUUCUCUGGGUGCCCGAGACGAAGCAGCGGACGCUCGAGGAGCUCGACUACAUCUUUGCGGUGCCCACACGCGUCUUUAUGCGCUACCAGGUGACGAAGACGCUGCCGUGGUGGUACCGGCGCUACCUGCUGAGGGACAAAUGUGCGUUUCUGGAUCCGCUGUACCAGCUCGACCUCGAGGACCAUCACGCUGCGGAUGGUGCGGACAAUCCGUCAGAGAAUGACAAGGCCAAGGUUGAAUUGAAGGAGAUGGUCGGCUUCACAACGGGAAUCGAUCCUCGAAACGGAGAAGAAUCGUCCGUGUCGUCGGAUAUCAUACAUUGA